CAAAUGCUGCGACAACCGGAGUAAUCUAAAUGGAGUAAAAUCAGUGCGGACGAACCAAUUUAAGGCAGACAUAUUCAUUUUUCAGACUGAACAGUAAGGCGCUCCGCUGUGGUGCUGUGGGUGGGAUCUCCCUCAUGCGGCGGCGCUGUGAGAGUUGAAAAACACUCCGCAAACUAGUUUGGUGCCAUAAUUUGGUGUCGCUGUCAUGGAGUCGCAUAAGAAAUACAUGUCACCUUCAUUCCUAUGCUGUAUUGUUGUGUUGUGUAUCCAUCUGCAGUCAUCUUUAGCGGGAGAUUGCCCCGCAGACGGACGAACCUGGGUGCCCUUUGGACAGAGAUGCUACCACUUUGUCCAUGGAGAAGAAGACACAAUUAAAAGCUACACCAUUGAAAGAGCAAAGUCUCUCUGCCAACAUUUUGAACUUGUGACCAUCCAGAGUGCCGAGGAGAAUGAUUUCAUCAUUAAUUAUAGCCCACAUGUGUGGAAAGGAAAGAUAAACGUGUGGCUUGGCAUGUUUUUUGACACCGACAGUGAGCACAUGAAGUGGCUCGGUAAGGAAACUGUGAGCUACACAAACUGGGAAUACAGCCCAAUUCCGUCUGACCUUGCGGCCGUGGAUACAUGUGUGGCACUGCACAGCGACUCGGGAAGGUGGGAGAACAUCAGCUGUCAGGACGAAGUGGAGAAUGGAGUGAUCUGCGAGACGACUCAGAUUACACCCGGGGAAGGCAAGCAGAAAGCUAGCCCACUGUUGUCUGCCUUAGUCAUUCUGGCUGUGGUCGCUAUCAUGGGAAUCUCAGCAGUCAUUUGGUUCCUGCACCAGAAGCACAAUCUUGGCUCCACCAUCUUCACUGCAUUUGAGUACCACCCUCCAUUCCGGGCGCCGGCUGCAGACGAGUCCUGCCUGGUGAUGGCUGAAGAGACAGACAGCAUGCCGUAGGAGGCCUUUUCUCAGUUCUGCAACAGGCCGCCUCAGGCUUUCCUCAUUGGCUACAUUCACAUGCAAAGGGAAUUCCAUUCUUAACCCAGUUACUGAACCAGUUUGGAGUUAACACAUGUAAAUAUCAAAACUCUGUUAGAAUAACCAGAUAAACUUGUAAUCUGAUUAUGAGAACCAAAUCCUGCCUUACACUGAUAUUAAAUGUGUUACUGUGGCAUGUAAAAAAUACUACUACUUUGAGGAUAAACACAGAAAAAUACAGUGGUAGGAGCACUGAGAGUGUCUCCUUUAGAGUUGAAGAGGAAGGCUAUCUCAAUGUCAAAACGUGAGCAUUCUCAUAAUGAAAAUGAUGCUGAAUUAAAUGUCCUGAUGUCUAUGAGGAGUGCUCCUACUGACAUGCAGUGAAUUACUCCACUGUGUUUUGCGGUUUAUCUAAAAAGGCUUGAGUGGUAGCGCUCUCUUUGGUGUUUGAACACAAAACCUUAACAAAUAAUCUUACUCCUUCAACUUUUGCAUUUUUGCCAUCUGCACAAAUUCAGACUUGCCAGCAUCACCUGUAAAUUUCUAAGGUGAGUGGAUUUACAGCAGCAGCUAUAGCCUUAAGUUCUUGUCAUCUGUGAUUCAGUGUUUUUUAAGGGAUAUUUGCCUGUAACCUCAGGUUAUUUGUUGGGAGCAUACGGAUUGCACAGCUUACUACCGGGAUCAUCAUUUCUUUCUCAUUCAUUAUAAGUAACUUACUGUUGUUCAGUGAAAAUGAGGGAUUAGCUGGUGAGCAAACCUUUCAUACUUCUUUUCUGGGCGGACAGAGAAAUCCUGUUAAAUGGUUUAUUCAUGGAAACGGAUUCUCAAAGGCACAUGUAAAUAGCUUAAUCUGAGUAAGAAUAUAGCCAGAAUGUGGCCGAUAGUUGCCUUGUUUAUAACAGCUAAUUUUAUUUGUGUGGAAAGCCAUACCAGACUAAUACACCACACAGACUUGUCCUGGCCAGUUUCUCUGCACUCUUUCUGAACAGAUUAAUCAAAAAUGUUAAUGUUAGAGUAGAGCCACUGUCUCUUAAAAGUAGUGCCACAAUGGUAAAACUAUCCUGUUACUUUCAGGCAUAUUUCCUAGAUGGUGGUGAUGAUGGGGGUAAAUCAAGAAUGGCAUUUCAGAUAUGCUCAGCAUUUGUAAAUGUUUAAGACAGUUUAAUAAUGUAAUAUUUAACUUAGAUCCCCAUUAAACACAAUUUUAGAACUAACUAUUCAGUAUUAUUUCCCAUUAUAUUUCCCAAAUAUCUAGAUUUUUGUACUGAAGAAUAUUGAAAAAUGGGAAACCAGUGGAUGUAUUGUAGAUCAAAAGUGAGCUAUUGCAUUGAUGAACUGUCCCUUAUUACUGUUACACAGUCAACAGCAUGAAUGCAUUUUUUUUUUUUUUUAAGUCACUGUGCAAUAUCAGAGACACAUUUGGCUGGAUCUGAGCCCUUGUUUGUGUGUUUUCCACAGUAAAGUGUGUCUGAUUGUAAUUAGGGCCUGUCUUGGCCUGUUUUGAAUUGAUCUGAACCACGAGGUGACACUAACCCGAGAACGGUAAUUGGAAAUGUGUGCUGAGAAUUAUAUUUAACUCAACUUUGUGUUGUCCAGGAGGGUUGUGAGAAAAGUAGGGGAAAGGAAUAACUACAUCAGCUUCCUCUCCAUAUUCUGUGAUCCGUAUAGAACAUUACUGCUAAAUAUAUAUCUGUCAAUGCAUAAUUGAAUAGAAAAAGAUGAAUUAGGACACCAAAAUUGAGCAUAGAGUCUAAUUAGUCCUGCAAGAAUAUCUAAAUCACUGUCAUCUGAAGGCAUGAAAAGUGUCAUUUCCUCUAAAUGUCUACCUGGACUGCCUCUGUUGACCUCUGGCCAUGAGUUAAGAUGAAAUAGAACUAAAGGUAGAAAGCAACAGGAGAUGUAUUUUUAUAUUCAUGCACAUCUAUUUUUAAGUCUCUAGAAAAACAGGGAGUCUAUUUCUGUUGACAAAUUUGGAUCUUGGCUGCAGUUGCCUUUUUGAUGACAAAUGUAUAACACCUUAGGGUAUUGAUGUACUUUUAUUGAGAUGUUUAUAAAAUGUAUAAUUUGUAAUUUUCUUUAGUCAGUAUUGAACUGUCAAAUGCAUUUGCGCACCCAAGAAUCAUUAAAGUGAGCACACUCAUUGAACCGUGAA